UUAAAUACGGAUAUUAAUGCAUUAUACAUAUUUUAUACAUGUUUAAUACGAGAGUAAUCAAAUGAAGGGAGAAAAUAAUUUUGACAAUAAUAUGAAUACAAAAAUUUUAAACAAAUAAAAUACAUACUAGCAUAUAUAAAUAUAUUAAAUGAAGCAUUUACUAACUAUUUUGCACCGUGUAGAUGAUAAUUUUUCGUAGCUUCAAAUUGAACAAAAGUGCUUAAACUCAUUGAAACAUGUGAAAGAGAAAGUAAUGGGAAAAUAAAGUUAAUUGGAAAGAGAAGUAACGGAAGCUAGGAUCCGCUUCGUUUCCCUGUUGCUUCAUAUUUUAUUUAACAAUUGAAAUGAUUAAACAAUUAAUUUUGAUCCAACAACAAUGUGACCUAUGGGCUGGCAGCAGCCGCUGGCGGCAACCCAGUUUGCUGCUAAGUUUCGCUAAAUCAUAAAUGAGACAGAUGGAGAGAGAAAGAAACAAAAAAAAGUAAAGAGAGAGAGACAGUCUAAAAUACUUUGGUUAUUAGGAGAGAGCGUGCAAAUUUACUUGCUCGAAAACAUCAAAACCGCCGCUACACGCAAACUGUCCCCUUCCGUGAAUAAUGGCGAACUGGGCAGCGGGGAAUCGAUUGCGACUUUGCGAAUCCGUUUACACGAUUCCAAUUUGAAUUGGGAUGAUGGCUAAAGGUAAAAAUAAUAUAGAUGGCAGCCACAACCUUUGUCUCAGACUCUUUUUUUUUUUUUUACAAUACCUUUGUCUCAGUCGACGGCGUGAGAAGGGAGAAAUACAGAGGAGGAGGACUGACUCAUUUCUUCUCAAACAAAUCUUUUUAAUUUUUCCUUAAUAUAAGAAAGCCACAACCCAUUAAUUACUGACAGUAGUCUAGGGACAUACUGAGGGGAGACAGAGUCGUUGACCUGCUCUCAUUAAAAAGUUAAUAAAAUGGGUUAAUUGCAAGCAUUGUUACUGGGUUUACUAAAACCGUUCAUGUUUGGUCACUACAAAUAUUUAAUUUCAUUCAUGGUCACUAAAAUUAGUUCAAUAGUUCAAGUUUGGUCACUCUCCGUUAGUUUUUGCUGAUGUGGCAGUCAACUAUUAUAGUUGACCGUUAAAUGAGUGACGUGGCAAUUAAAAAAAUAAUAAAAAAAUAAAAUCUAAAUAUUUACAAUUUCCACCUCAUUUUACAACUAUUAAAAUUUAAAUAUUUACGAAAAAGAAGGAAAAAGUUUGGUCACUUUCCUUCUAUUUUACUUCUUUCAUCUUAUUCCACUCAUCUCUCUGCUUCUGUCUUUCUUUUCAAGUUCUCGAGAUGAAUCAAAAUACCCAUGGAUGUUGCCCUCUAGUUGUCUAUCUUCUUCCUCACGAUCAGAGGGGUGAGAGGAGCAGCGGUUGGAUUCUCCAUAACAAGAGGGAAAGUAAGAGCAGCAGCAGACGGGUCGGCAGAAGGGGAAUCGGUAGAGGGGAAAGCGGAGCAUCAAUAGUCGGAUUAUUCAUGACCAUUUCCAACAUCCUCCGUCGCAGCGGUAGCCGGAUCCGGGUGGCAAGAACAGAGGUGCCAGCGAAUACCAGCAAGUACUUUUUUCCUUCUUCGUUCGUCGAAUCCUUAACCUCAAAGGUAUCUUUUCCCUACUUGUGGCCACGAUCCAGACCCACCAAGAAGUCUCAAAUCGAACUAGUUGGUCGACUCGGUAAUGAAGGCGACAGUAGGUAGACUUGGCCCCAGACAUCCUUCCUCUUGAAAUGGCAAUGCCCUUAACCUCAAAGGUAUCUUUUCCCUGCUUGUGGCCACGAUCCAGACCCACCAAGAAGUCUCAAAUCGAACUAGUUGGUCGACUCGGUAAUGAAUGCGGCAGUAGGUAGACCUGGCCCCGGACAUCUUUCCUCUUAAAAUGGCAAUGCCCUUCACCACCGCGUUAUAGAUUAAGUUCGAGGAAGACUGGGAAGUGACUUGCUGCGCCUCGAAGGGCGACAAGAGAAGGGCAAGAACAGUUAGGGGGAGAGCUCGGCGGUGAUGAUCCGUUAGAGCUUUUAUUUUAUUUUCUUUUUUAAUAGUUGUAAAAUGAGGUGAAAAUUGUGAAAAUUUAAAUUUCAUUAUUUUUUAAUGGCCACGUCACUCAUUUAACGGUCAACUAUAAUAGUUGACUGCCACAUUAGCAAAAACUAACGGAGACUAACGGAGAGUGACCAAACUUGAACUAUUGAACUAAUCUUAGUGACCAUGAAUGGAAUUAAAAAUUUGCAGUGACCAAACAUGAACGGUUUUAAUAAACCCAGUGACCAUCCUUGUAAUUAACCCUUAAUAAAAUAGUAAAAAAGAGUAAAAAAAAGAAGCUUCUCCUUUAGUAAUUUUUGGGUAAACGACCCGUUAUAAUUCUGAAAUUAAAUAAGAAAAGGUAAAAAAAAGGGCAAAACUUAGCAGCAAACUAGGUUGUCGACUGCUGCCUGUCCAUGUGUCACAUUGGUAUUGGGUCAAAGUUAAUUUUUUAAUGAUUUUAAUAGUUAAUUAAUGUACGAAGCAGCAGGAAAACAGAACGGAGCCUAGCUUCCGUUGUUUCCAUCUUUCUACUCAAUUGGGAGAACUUUUUCAUGGGCAAUUGGGAUUAGCUUUUUCUUUACUAGUAAUUAAUUGGUAUUUUUUUAUAGUACAUCAAUAGUUAUAAAAUAUAAAAAAUAAAUUAAUUUAUAAAUAAUAUUUAAGUUAGCAAUUUAACACAUUAAAUACAGAUAUUAACGCAUUAUACAUAUUUUAUACAUGUUUAAUACGAGAGUAAUCAAAUGAACGAAGAAAAUAAUUUUGACAAUAAUAUGAGUACAAAAAUUUUAAACAAAUAAAAUACAUACUAGCAUAUAUAAGUAUAUUAAAUGAAGCAUUUACUAACUAUUUUUGCACCGUGUAGAUGAUAAUUUUUCGUAGCUUCAAAUUGAACAAAAGUGUUUAAACUCUUUGAAACAUGCUCAAGAGAAAGUAAUGGGAAAAUAAAAGUUAAUUAGAAAGAGAAGUAACGGAAGCUAGGAUCCGCUUCGUUUCCCUGUUGCUUCAUAUUUUAUUUAACAAUUGAAAUGAUUAAACAAUUUAUUUUGAUCCAAUAACAAUGUGACAUAUGGGCUGACAGCAGCCGCUGGCGGCAACCCAGUUUGCUGCUAAGUUUCGCUAAAUCAUAAAUGAGACAAAUGGAGAGAGAAAGAAAUAAAAGAAGUAAAGAGAGAGAGAGACAGUCUAAAAUACUUUGGUUAUUAGGGGAGAGCGUGCAAAUUUACUUGCUCGAAGACAUCAAAACUGCCGCUACACGCAAACUGUCCUCUUCCGUUAAUAAUGGCGAACUGGGCAGCGAGGAAUUGAUUGCGACUUUGCGAAUCUGUUUACACUAUUCCAAUUGGAAUUGGGAUGAGAGCUAAAGUUAAAAAUAAUAUAGCUGGCACCCACAACCUUUGUCUGAGUCUCUUUUUUUUUUUUUUUACAAUGCCUUUGUCUCAGUUGAUGGCGUGCGAAGGGAGAAAUACAGAGGAGGAGGACUGACUCAUUUCUUCUCAAACAAAUCUUUUUAUUUUUUCCUUAAUAUAAGAAAGCCACAACCCAUUAAUUACUGACAGUAGUCUAGGGACAGACUGAGGAGAGACAGAGUCGUCUGACCUGCUAUCAUUAAAAAAUUAAUAAAAUAGUAAAAAAGAG